AUGGAAGGAAAUAACAUGGGUGAAAAAAUGGCAGUAGAAACAGAGAAACAAAUGAAAGAAGAUAAGCAGAAAGAUCUACUGGGUCGGAUCAAUCUGAUGGAAAGUAAUAUUAAUGCGUUGAAAAUUCAAAUAAAUGAAAUGACAGAAUCGUUGUCGACAAACUCAAAUAUUCUAGUGACGAUCUCCAACAAGCUAGAUUCAAUAACCAACAAUUUCAAUCCCUUCAACACCCACCCAGCAAUACCAACGAAAAAUAAGAAAUUAAAGCUAGCAUAUGUGAGUGGGUUUGGAAAUAUGAAGAUAACAGAUUUGAAGGAACGAAUAGCAAAGAUUUGUAAGGUAGAGAAGGUUUCAAUAGCAAAUAUUGAGUUCAUCCCAGACAAAGAUUUAAUUGAGAUAGCAAUAUUUAAAAGUAUUGUACCGCAGUUUAUUAAUGGGAUAGUGAUGCAACCAGACUUAGAGAUAGUGUCUGGUAGGACAGUAAUAAUGCAGGAUCAAACAGGAAUAAUAAAAAGACUUAAUAGAGUAAUGUCAGAGAAUGUAAAAAACACGCAUUUGAAAAGCCUUUACAUUGAAUUAAAGAAAGCACUUGACGCAAAUGAUCAAAAGGAAAUAGAUAGUUUUAUUAUCGAUGAGUUUUAUAAAUAA